AUGGCGGGAGAGACAGUCAAGACACUUACUGACGUGGGAAAUCUCGUCUCCCAAUACCGUUCUCGAGCGUCUUCUAUCAGAUUCAUCACAGAAGACGACAUGAACUUCUUCAAGAGCAAAAUACGGGAGGCUCGAUGCUUAGAAAAAAGACUGCUUGCAUACACGCCUGCCGACACGUCCAAGAUCCAGGAUACAGGAGACCCAAGAACAACGCUAGCUCACUUGGCCAAGAUCGACGAAGCAUACCGAUGUGUUGGUCUGCUCCAAAUAUACCGUGUAUUUUCUGACCUUUUCGCUGAACGAUAUAACCCGUGGGACGCAAAUCACAUUUACUCAGCCAGGCCGCCGGCCAAGGUCCCUACCAAAGCCGAGAAAGACUACUGGCUAACAAGCCUAGCGUUAUAUACGCUCGAGCUUCUUCGAGAUAUACCAUUUGAAUCGACAAGCCGGUGCAUCCAGCCACUGAUUCUUGUGGCUAUCCCCAGCGAACUUCGUCGCAUGCCACAGGAUGUCACAUCGCUAGGCGCAGCGGAUGAAGAGUCACGGUAUAUGGGACAGAGCAUCAUCGAACUUGCUCAGGCACGGAAUUUUGUGAAAAGUCGAUUGUCAGCAUAUGCCGAUGUCCUGCCUUUGAGAAAGGUGAGCAACAUACUUGAGUUGGUGACGAGUAUUUGGAGUGCUCUGGACGAAGGGGAGUCUGAUGUUUACUGGUUGGAUAUUUGCACUCGGAAACAGCUCAACACAUUGAUCCGGUGA